CCGCCCUGCGCCCUCACCGAGAUGCGCUCCACCGUUAGGGCCCUGGCUGCUCUAGCCUCGGCAGCCCUCUACGUGCCCUCGGUAGCCCAAACAUGGUCCAACUGCAACCCAAUCUUACGAACCAACUGUCCUCCGGAUUCCGCGCUAGGAAAGACCGUCAACAUCGACUUCUCUUCCGAAUCCUCGAGUUUCACCCCCCAAGGCAACCCAACAUACGGCUCCGAUGGCGUCUCGUUUACCAUAGCAAAGUCUGGCGAUUCCCCCCAGCUUACUUCGCUGUGGUACAUCAUGUUCGGCAGGGUCGACAUUGAAGUCCGCGCUGCACCGGGCGCGGGCAUUGUUAGUAGCUUUGUCUUGCAAUCCGACACUCUGGACGAGAUCGACUGGGAAUGGCUCGGCGCAGAUCCAGACGAAGUGCAAACCAACUACUUUGGAAAAGGCCAGACUACCGACUACAACCGCGGUGCUUUCCAUUCAGACCCGGGCAGCCAGACGCAGUUCAAGAAGUACACAAUCGAAUGGACACCCGAGCAAAUUGUGUGGCAGAUUGAUGGCGUAACCGUUCGCACUCUGGAGCCCGCCAACGCCAACAACCAGUACCCUCAAACACCCAUGCAGGUCAAGUUCGGCGCAUGGAGUGGUGGCGACCCAUCCAACUCUGCAGGUACUAUCUCCUGGGCUCGCGGUCCUACCGACUACUCCAAGGGUCCCUUCACUAUGAAGGUCAAGUCCCUCCGGGUCCAGGACUACUCCACUGGCAAGCAGUACGUCUAUGGCGAUCAAUCCGGCACUUGGAAGUCGAUCCGAUCUGUUGGAGGCACCAUCUUUGCAGGCGGCAAUGCUCCAAUCGCAGAUGCGCCUGCAAUCACCGCCACCGCGAAUGGAGCGCCUCUGCCUUUCACUCCUCAUCAGACGUCCAACUACCAACGUCCGAGCGUCUACCCGUGGAUCCCUGAUCCAUCGGCAACUCCUACCGCGCAACCUACUUUUGCCAAUUACCCCGGGCUUCCGAGUGGGUGGACCGUUUCUGACUCCGGAAAGGUUAUUCCACCCAGCUCAGCCACUAUGUCCCCUCUCGCUUCGUCUACCUCAUCGCCGCAAGCUUCGCUUACGGCCUCUUCUGGCGAUGGGCCUAAGACUGAGUUUAGCUCGGAUGACCAUAGCUUCAGCACAAUUCACACAACCCGUGCCCCGCUCACAACAUCACCCACACGCACCAGGGUACAGGGCAAUGCUGCAACCUCCAUCCCCAUUGCCCCUGCUGCAGCAUCACUAUCUUGGAAACUCAUAGUCUCGAGCAUACUGCCCUGGACCAUUCUCGCCCUUCACAUCCCCGGCUGCCUCGGCUUCUAGGCGGGUUGGGCUGCCCUAUGGGCUCAAGUGGACUUCGGACCAGCGUUCUCCGUCCUAGGCGCUGGUAUCGUCGCGAUGUUGUUAUGGCACAUGAAACUUUUAACGAGUGGAUACUUUGGCUUCAAGAUUACCAUCAAGUUAUGGGCUGCCCCUUGGCCCGACGCCAGCUGGAAAUGGAACUAUAAAUACAAGGGUCGUAAAGAGACGGAAGUUGUGUAUAGACGCUUGUGGGGCUGGCUUCGGCUGCUUUACCGGGCUUGAUUUUCCGUCUUUGUUUUUGCUUUUGCUUUUACCGGUUGCAUAGCGUUUGAGCAUUGGGCGUUUAUUCUUUUACUGCAUCAUUCAUUCCACAUACACACACACACACAUACUCACUGGAGACGUCGAAUGGUGUGGAUUCAGAGUCGGCUUCUCACGUUUUCUUGUUUGCUUUUCCUUGGCUGCAUAUCAGAUUAUGGAUUAAUGAGGACGAUGUCAUGUCGUAAUGUAAUGAAUUCAUC